CGUAGACACCUUUCCGUCCAGACCAAACCAUCACCAGACCAGUUCCGAGUCCUCCUCUCUCCUUCCAAAGUCAAGAAAUCAAAAUCCAAAUCUCUUCCUUCUCUCUCUCAAAAUGUCUGUACCAGGAGUUGUAGUCCUCGACGGAACACACCUUAGAUCGCUCCACGUGUCCCUUCCGGUAGCUGACGUCAACUUCACUGGAGCCCAGCUCCUCGACUUGGCCGAUUCCAAGGCUUCCGAUUCUCUCUUCGGUCUCUCAUUGCCUUCGACGAUCAAGUUGGCGGCUCUCACUCGUAUGCCCGCCUUCGAUGACGCCACUUUCCGUAGUACGGAGCUGACCGGAGAUCGAGCUUCAAAGCUGCUGCAUGACUACCUCUCUGCCAUAGCUGAUGUUCUAAAAGAUGAUCCGCUUGUUGUAUCGAUCUUGGACGGUAAUUCUCUGCGGUUGUUUUUGGAGGAUGAAGAUGAUUUUGCCAUGUUGGCAGAGAAUCUUUUCACUGAUUUAGAUACUGAGGACAAGGGAAAGAUCAGCAAGAGUGAGAUAAGGAAUGCACUUGUUCAUAUGGGAGUUGAUAUGGGCAUUCCUCCUUUUUCAGAAUUUCCUUUGCUGAAUGAAAUAUUAAAGAAACAUGGAGCUGAGGGUGAGGAAGAACUUGGCCAAGCACAAUUUGCAGAAUUACUUCAGCCUAUUCUGCAAGAAAUUGCUGAUGCUUUGGCUGAAAAACAUGUUGUUGCCAUCCAGAACAUCAAAAUUGUCAAUGGUUCUCAUGUGAGAAAGCUUUUGGAGGAUGAAAAACAAAUGAAUGAUGUCAUGGACAAGAUAUUACUGGAGAAGGACAGCAAAAAGAAGGACGAGGGAAGUGCACAAAUAAUCAGGGGUUUUCUUGAGAAGCAUGCAAAAGAGUUGGGCUUGCCACCGUCAGAAGGCAAUGAAGCAGCUGUUCUUCUUUACGAUUCUGUAUUUGCCAACAUGGAGAGCAGCGAAAAUGCUGAUGAAUUGGACACUAAGUUCAGGGAACAGGUGAAAAAUAUCCUUGAAAAUUUGGCCGAGCUACUAGAGAGCAAUCCGGUAUAUUGUGUUACUGACAACUGAGGGAGAUGAAGUCGGAUAUACCAUAUGCCAGUAGUUUGUCUGGCAGAAAUCGGACAUAUUUGUGCAGUAAUGAGUUCAAUAAUUAUUGAUGUUUUAAAUCUUAUCACAGGCUGAGAUUCAAAACCCACAUUACAACAUGGACAACAGUGUUUUGCUUUGUUUAAUUCUACUGGUAAUGGAUGAAACUUGGCAACAUUGUAUUAUACAGAAAAACCAUGUUAUUCCGAUCUUACUGAACCAUUUUCUAUUCUAAA